AUGUGGAGCUAUUGGAUUCUAUUUUUAGAGGUUCUGUUGGGAGUUUUACUAUUCCCAUCACCGAGCAAACUUCAGUCCGUCAACCCGAUAUCAUCGUUUAUGAAUUUCUUACAAGAAGGUACGAAUCAAAGAGACAAUGAACCACCCGAUCAAGUUAAUUUGUUAACGGAGUACGAUUUCAUUAUUGUUGGUGCGGGAACAGCUGGGUGCGUUGUGGCUAAUCGAUUAACAGAAUUAAAGGACGUGAAAGUUCUACUCUUAGAAGCUGGGGUUAAUGAGAACUAUGUUAUGGAUAUACCAAUUCUUGCAAAUUAUCUGCAGUUCACUGAAGCGAACUGGGGAUACAAAACGAAACCCUCGAAAAAAUAUUGUGCAGGUUUCGAAAAUCAGCAAUGUAAUUGGCCACGCGGAAAAGUUGUCGGUGGAUCAAGUGUUCUAAAUUAUAUGAUAUACACUCGAGGGGCUGCAAAUGAUUAUAACAAUUGGGCAUCAAAAGGUAAUGAAGGCUGGGGAUGGGACGAUGUAUUGGAUUAUUUCAAAAAAAUUGAAAAUUACAACAUACCCUCCUUUGACGACCCUAAAUAUCACGGCCAUGACGGCCAUGUUAAUGUUGAGUAUGCACCAUUUCGUACAACAAAAGGAAAAGCUUGGGUUAAAGGGGCCCAAGAAUUAGGCUUUAAGUAUAAUGAUUACAAUGGACAAAAUCCAAGUGGUGUGUCUUUUCUACAACUGUCUAUGAAGAACGGAACAAGACACAGUUCCAGUCGAGCAUAUCUUCAUCCUAUAAAGAAAAGAAAUAAUUUGCACGUUUCUAAAGUUAGCAUGGCUACGAGAUUACUGUUCGAUACAACAAAAACUCGUGUGAUUGGAGUCGAAUUCGAGAAACGAGGAAAGCGCUAUAAAGUAUUAGCAAAAAAAGAAGUCAUUGUAUCGGCUGGGGCAAUCAAUUCACCUCAACUCCUCAUGUUAUCAGGAAUAGGCCCUAAAAAGCAUUUAGAGUCACUUAACAUACCAGUUGUGAAAGAUUUGCCUGUAGGAUAUAAUUUAAUGGACCACAUUGCCGCCGGUGGAGUCCAAUUUAUGGUUCAACAACAAAACCUUAGUCUGUCUACGGGGUAUAUUUUAAACCAUUUAGAAUUGGUAUUUAAGUGGAUGCGGAAUCAUAAAGGACCGUUGUCUGUACCUGGUGGUUGCGAAGCAUUAGUAUUUUUAGAUUUAAAAGAUAGAUUUAACGUAAGCGGCUGGCCGGACUUAGAACUACUAUUUAUAAGUGGGGGAUUAAAUUCAGAUCCUCUGUUGCGAAGAAAUUUUGGUUUCGAUGAACAAAUAUUUACAGACACCUAUACAGCUCUAGGUAAUAAUGAAGUUUUUAUGGUUUUUCCAAUGCUGAUGAGACCAAAAUCAAAAGGCAGGGUUAUGUUACAAAACAGAAAUCCAAAGUCACAUCCGGUAUUAAUUCCAAACUACUUUGAUGAUCCAGAAGAUUUGCAAAAAAUUGUGGAAGGCAUCAAAGUGGCUAUUGAGAUAACUCGUCAACCAGCAAUGAAAAAGAUACAAACGAAACUGUAUGACGUUCCUAUCGCUGACUGUUUGAAGUAUGGGCCUUUCGGUAGUGACGAGUACUUCGCGUGCCAGGCACAAAUGUUCACUUUUACAAUUUACCAUCAAAGUGGGACUUGUAAAAUGGGUGUCAAAAGUGAUCCUACAGCGGUUGUAGAUCCUAGACUAAGAGUACAUGGUAUAGAAAAUCUAAGAGUAAUCGAUGCUAGUAUAAUGCCAGAAAUUGUUUCAAGUCAUACAAAUGCCCCAACAUUCAUGAUAGCAGAAAAAGGCGCAGACAUGAUUAAAGAAGACUGGGGGAGAAAGUCGCAGAACAUGUAA